CACGGUUCCUCGAAUAAAGAACUAGGCUACAUUGUAGUGGGUACAAAUAUAUGUUAUGGAUUAGUAUUAACAACACUUAGAUUAGCUUAAUGUUGACUAAAUCAUGACAAAACUACUGAUUGUGAUAAUUUAAGUUAUAUACUUUCACUUUCACUGUCCUUCACCUUAGAAAUCCCAGCGGAGUGAUGCGUCAAUGGAAUAUAACUAUAAACUAAGGUGUGGUAUUUGAGAAGUUGCAAUUGGCACUGCUCUAAAAGCUGGAGAUAGAUAUUGAAAUACGACACGUGCAAUGUCAUUGACAGUAGAUUUGAAAGUGUGGCGACUGAGGUGAGAUUAAUACCGAAAUUGGAUUCAUUCAUAAUCUAUGUAUGAUAUCCGAAGAGGGACAGUGUGUAUAUAUUUGACGGAAUGGUAGAAGAAUUGAAAAAUGAGAAUUGACAGUUUUCUCGGCCAAUUUUGUCAAAUCAAGAUUUACAAUUUUAAUCCACAAACAUACGACUUCUCCAGAAAACCACUAUGACAUCUGAAAGACCACUGGCUACAGAGUCCGAGCUACCUGUGUCAUCACAGUCCUGAGUGACCCCCAUCUGAGAGAUGAUUCGGAUGUUUUCAACAUCACUGCAGACCAUGAAUGGUUCCAUAUUUAUAUUCCCUUUGCUAAUUCUGUGUGCUGCUGUGGGCACCGUGGUGUCAGUGCCUUUGCCGCGCUGGAUCUACAGAGUGCCGUCUUGUCCACCGCCUGACAAUGUAACAGCGUGGAAAGAAGCAUCCGAGAAUAUGAACUGUUUCCAUGACAUGACCUCAGAUGACCCCUUAAAGCAGGAGAAGGUGUACCACUGCUUACCCAGCACCUACCUAAAUGAGACGGUGGAAUUCUGUGGGAGAAGUGUGCCCAUCGGUCCAGGGAAUUGUCCUAUUUAUAACUAUGAAGUUUGGGCGAAUACUGCCCCAAACUCUUACAACUGUAGUAAGUUUACAUCUGGAUGUCCAAAGGAAAUGUAUCACUCCAAGGAUGCCUACAAACAUUCAGUAUGCUUGAAAAUUAAUCGUGUUCAAAAGUGUUAUACCGCUGAACCAGACUGUUUAAACUUCAAUUUAAGUACAUCAUGGACUUCCACAACACGUGUACAACAGCUGAACUCGACCAGUUCUCGCACUACCGUAACAACCCCAGGGACUACUUUCAAAGGGAAUGUCGAGCAACAUAACUCAGGGAUUUUGUACAUCCCUAUUGUGCUUGUGAUUAUUGUUGUCAUGGCAAUAGGGAUAGGUGUCCUAAUCUUUAUUGCAAGACGAAGACGCAUUCUUUGCUUCAAAAAGAACACACCUCAACAAAUUGGACCAUCACAGCGCUAUGAAAGGACUUCAUUAAAUGAUAGCACGGAAUUGGAAGAGAACAGUGCAUUUCAGCAUAGAAAUUCUGCAGCACCGGUACAGAAUGGUACAUGUACAGAACCUGGGAAAAGUGUACCUAUGGUUGAAGAUUUAUGUAAAGCAACUAACAACUGGUUAUACAACGACUUGCUGGAAGAUUUGAAAAAAGGCAUUUCGAAGAAACUUGUGAAAAGAAUUAAGACUCGACUAAAGGAUAGAAUAGAAAACACACCUGAAGACCUAGGUAAUAUACAGGAGCCGAUGGACCUGCUGGAGUACUUACAUUCCAAAUAUAAAAUUUUCAACAACCUUGUAUUUCUCCAGGGUUUGUUUCUUGUCACAAAAGAACCUAGUUUAUUUGACAGAUGUGUAAAAUAUGCCAAUGCCAGACCAGAUGAAGUCUUUUAUGUUAGAGAGCAAUUUUCAUCAACAGAUCAUAAGAAAGUACAGUACGUCAUUGAUUGUCCGAAUAUAUCCUCAUAUAGACGAUCAGAGCUUGAAAGGUUAAGAGACAUGCUCUCAACAUUGAUACAGGCACAAUUUGAUGACGUCAUCGUUGAUGGAAUCGAGGAAGGGUGUGUUAUUGUGACCUUUAUGAUUCGAAAAUGUCUUAUUCAGAAUCUGAGAUCAUUUUACUCCGAUAAAACAUCCACGAAAUACAUGGCAUAUCGAUGGAUGAUGAAGCUUCCGUUACGGUACAAAGUUGUCAAAGUUAUCAUUGAGGAAGAAAUUGUAUAUGCAGAUGAGGCUAGGAACGUUGAUACAUGUAACCCCACAGGAGAUGCACAACCCACGGCACCAGUGGUAAUGGAUGACCUCCCAGAAUGCAGUGCACUAUCUACCGAAGUCAAUGAAGCUGAAAAUGUUGAUGAAAAAGACGAACAUCACAAGGUGUCUGAGGAAAGUUUGGGAAGUCAUUCUUAUGCAGAAAAUCUACAUUUUAAAGGAUCAGAAAAGGAUUCUAGCAGCAUCCAUUUUUCAAGAUCAAAAAAGGAUGCUAAGCUUUCAGAGAAUACACGUCAGUCACUGGCACUGGAGGAAUUUUUGGAAAAAUUAAGUGGUUGCAUCACGGACGAUAUUCUAUUAGCAAUCAAGACAAAAUUGCAUGAGUUUAUUAAACAUGACCUAGUGAAAACGAUGAACACAAAAAUGGUGUUUAGGUAUCUAAUGGACAAGUUGCGCCUACAGGACAAUAUGUGUCUUCUCGAAUGGUUGUUUGAGAAGCCUAUCGCCCCACAUCUCUGUGAAACAUGUAGAGACUUUUCUUCUGAACACAAAUUUCAGUUGACAUCAUUUUGUGCCGACACAUCAGAAUGCUUUGGGCGUGAGUGUGUAACAUUUCAUAUCAUGGUGGCAGAAUUGGAAACCUUCGCUGAGGAUAUCUAUAACCUCAGAUUUUGGAUCUCAAAAAGUAUAAAUGUGCAUCCUGGUGAAAUUAUCAUGACAGAGCUUCAAAGUGGCCCAGUUAUCGUGACUUACAUGUUGAAAGAAAAGCAUGUAAAUAAUUUCCUGGACUUCAUUCAGACUGAUGAUGGAAGGAUUGAAGCGUCUCGUAAUAGGAUUGAAAAAAUAUUUCAUAAUGAAAAAUUUAUCAUCAUAGGAAAAGCUUUGAACGGAUCCACAUUUUUACAUUUACGAUUGAGCUACACUCGAGAACCUGGAUCAAGAUCUUUCAUUCGGCAUGGUCAUCAGAUGGUCAAAAAUGCUGUAUCUCAUAUUCUUCGUGAAACAAACCUGCCAAUGCAAGGAACAGAGGCUUACGUUAGAGUCCCUACAUCAGAUUCUCUGAAAAGAAUAGAUGACAGAGAAUGGCACAGUGCAAGGGAUGCUAUAAGAAAGAACUGGAACUAUUUAAAAGAGGAAAUGGAACCUCAAUUGUUGUUAAAGUCAGAACUUCAAACAAUGUUUGAUGAAAUUGAUAUUCAAAAAGUAUUAUCCAGCGAAGGCACGAGUCGAGAGGAGCAAGUUGAACAAUUUUUGAAAAUGUGUUUGAAAUUACCUGACGUUAAGUUAGACAAAGUGUGGAGACUGUACCUAGAACGUUUCUGUAAGCCUGUGCAGUCCAACACGAAAGAAAUAUCACGUGAUGAAAUCUUGGAAUUCGAAUCAACGAAACAGUGGAUCAUAUCUAAUUGGGAGUUAUUGCUGGACGAAAUUGACUCCGAUUUUAUGGAAACAACACUGAAAGACCUGAAGAACGUCCCACGUGAUAUAUGCAAUUCAUGGUCCACUAAUUCAGGAAAAAGUAGAAAAGAGAGAGCACAGAUGUUCUUGGAGUUUGUCCUUGAGAGGCAUGACUGUCUAAAGGCGCUUGCAAAAACAUUACAAGAGUACGAAAUUAGUUCAACAGAGAGUAAUGAGUGCUAAAAAAGGAGUUCUCUGAAUUUUCUACAUAAAUAUAGCGGGCACUUAGUAUAAGUUUUAUGCGGGAAUCUGAUCGCAUAAGAAACACAAUUAUCUGAUGUAAAACUUGCAUAUACUUUUUUAUCCCAGCAAACGAAAUUUGUGGGACCGUCCGACUAUUAAUAGAAAUUUUGUCCGGAAUUAUUUUUCUAAUACUGUUGAUUUAUUCCCCACCUUGGAUUCCAUUUUCUUGACACUUCUUUUAAGAGUAUGGAUUUUCAUUGAUUCAAUGAAUUACUGGUUGGUUGACAUUGUAAAGUGUAGAUUCAAGUUGGUCACCAAGAGCUAAUGACACUGUAUUUCUCAACAUUACAUUGCCUACUUCGAAAACUUCAUAGAUAUAUUUGAUAAAAUUGAGGUUACAGAAAUUUAAUGUAGUCUGUAACUUGGGUUCAGGCGAAGCAUGCUAGUAUGACUUUUUGCCUUUCAACCUCACAAUAUUUCGAAUGUGUCCCAAUAUAGAUAAACCACAUGGGUGUGUGGUUAGUAUCUAACUUAUGUUUUGAUGAUUGUUGGCAUCCUUGUAAUAUAGGAAAGUGGAAAAUGUCGCAUGCCCCCUUGGUAGAAUAAAGGGCAUGUCUUGGCGCUCGAUCUUUAACAUCUGGUGCAUGGAUAAAUGGCGAACGCUCUACUUCGUAGACUUAUAUUUGAUAGGCUGAUGCACAUGUAGGUCCCUUUUGCUCAACAGGUUAGUAUGUCUAAGGUCAAGGUCACUAAGCUUGCACAACGGAUAGAUGGAGGACGCUUCACUUCCUUUACCUUUCAGACUUCAUGCUUGGUUGGCUGCUACACAUCAACGUACAUACAUUCACUAAGGUCAAGGUCACCUGCAUCUCCAACGCUUUGCUUUCUUUAAGGUAUUGUGCAAUUUUACUAUCCCCACAAUACUGGGCAGCAAUAUGUUGUUGGAGAGGACUAAACGGUUACACCAUUCUACACCGGACAGGCCAAUAGUCCCCCCUUUUCCAAGGAAGUGCCUGUCACGGAGCUUUGAAAUAUCUGGUCCUGAACUGAAACUGAAGUAGUGUUAUAUACUGCGAUUUGUGAACUGAAGCAGUGCUAUAUACUGCGAUUUGUGAACUGAAGCAGUGCUAUAUACUGUGAUUUGUGAACUGAAGCAGUGCUAUAUACUGUGAUUUGUGAACUGAAGCAGUGCUAUAUACUGCGAUUUGUGAACUGAAGCAGUGCUAUAUACUGCGAUUUGUGAACUGAUGCAGUGCUAUAUACUGUGAUUUGUGAACUGAAGUAGUGCUAUAUACUGCGAUUUGUGAACUGAUGCAGUGCUAUAUACUGCGAUCUGUGAACUGAUGCAAUGCUACAUGUAUGUACUGCGAUUUGUGGACUGAAGUAGUGCUAUAUACUGCGAUUUGUGAACAGUAGUGCUAUAUACUGUGAUUUGUGAACAGAAGUAGUGCUAUAUACUGUGAUUUGUGAACAGAAGUAGUGCUAUAUACUGCGGUUUGUGAACAAAGGUAGGGCUAUAUACUGUGAUUUGUGAACUGAAGCAGUGCUAUAUACUGCGAUUUGUGAACAGAAGCAGUGCUAUAUAUUGCGAUUUGUGACUGAAGCAGUGCUAUAUACUGUGAUUUGCGAACUGAAGUAGUGCUAUAUACUGUGAUUUGACAGAAUUUUUAAUAUUGAAUUUCUAUAAUUUGUCAUAUUUGUACCAGACAUUUGCAGCAAAAGUGUCAAUAGCAGUUCUUACUUUUUAUAUGUUUCUCGAUUCUCUCUCCACAAAUCUUAAACGCAUAUUGUACAGUACCUGGUCAUAAUACAGUACGCAAAAUGACUGCCGUUAAUAAAUUCUAAAAGCAUA